AUGUACCACCUGCGCCGACACAUACGAAACCCGGAGAUGGGCGUGGAGAAGGGAUGGAAGUUGGUGAAAGACGAACUAGGGGAAAACCUGGAAUCGAUUUUGGACGAGGCGCUGCUGUCCAAGUGCCCCGAAGAUGGGCAGAACUUGCUCAUGUACGCCGCUGCCCACGGGAACGAGGAGUGGUUUCUGCACCUGAUCGACCACAUCAGAUCACAGCUGGGAAUCCCUGCGCUCGUGACGGAACUACGGGAGAUCGACAUCGACGGUUGUCCUCUGCUCUUUCAUGCGGCAUCAAGCAACUGCAAGUAUUCCUGCUUUCGAACGGCAAAAUACAUCAUCUUGUCGGUGCUGGGCAAGGGCGAGCUUGUGCAGCAGUUCGAGCUCGUAGACGGACUCGGGAGGGGGAUACUCAUGCAUGCCGCGAGGAGCAACCACGUUGACAACUUCAAAGAGGUCUUUAACAGGUGCAGAGAGGUAGCUGAUCGCAUGCGCCCCCACGACGAGCCCACGGUCGGCGGCCAGACAGAAUCUCUCGACCCGCAACUACCAGCGACAGACACCGCGUCUGCGGACAUUGGGCUUCUGCGAGAAGUAUUGGGGAAGGCCGACCGUAUAGGCAAGAACUGCCUUCACCAUGCAGCGGAAGCGGGUUCCUAUGCAGUACUGCACGAGGUGGUGAAACUUUGCUGUUCGGUGUACGAAGAGAUGAACACGGCCGACAUCAUGGGGCGGACCCCGAUCAUGUACGUCCUUCGCAACGACAGCUGUCGGGGGCAAGAGCAACAGGGCUCAACACUAGCCCUGAAAGAGGAAUCCCUCCGAAAGAAGUUCCACGAGCUCUACGAGGCUCUGCAGGAUGCAACAUGCCCUCAAGAUACACCGGUCAAGACAGGAUGGAUGGAACCAUCGCGUGUACCGCCUCCGUCCCUAGCCGUACCGAAAGGGACGCGCGUCGACACUCGGGCAGUAACGGAGUUGAUGCACGCUGCACGAGGCGGCUUGGUGUCUUUGGAGCUAGCUCUGAACAAGCUCCCGCUUGCCUCCAGAAACAUUGCUGAGGGUGGGUUCACGGUGGCGCUAGACAACGCGCUCGCGGUCAACAUGACGAUCGGUAACACUCAAGAGCAGUCUCACCGAACCAAAGCCUGGGGAUGGGCUUUGCUGUUGGCAGCCGCCGCGAAGCUUGGCGAUAUUGAUGUGCUGUAUCAUGUCCUACUGGCCAUUAAGAAAGGGAAAUUCACCCUUGUCAAACACGGCGAAAAUGACCACGAUUUCCGGCUCGCCAAAGUGGAGAGACCCGCGGGUGGCGGGUGGGUGGAACUCCCGCGGGGCGACAGAGUGCAGGAAGCUGUACGGGCGAUCAACACCCGCGGAAAGUCCGUCUUCUCAUACGCGAUCUUGUCUGGACGGACAGAUGCUAUGGAGCUGGUGUACGAUCUCGUGAGAGGACUCUUCGGAGACAAAACCAGUCAGACCUGGGAUACUCUCAGCGGGAAAACAAACAAGAGCAGCUCGCUCACUUGUGCGGCGUCGGCGUCGAUGGAGGCGGACAACCACGGGAUUACCAUGUUCGACAAAGUGUUCUCCCUGCUGCAGCAGCAAACGGACGACCGUCUACUGGUUCAGAGACAACUAUCGCCGAGGUUUGCAAUGCCCCACCGAGGCAAGGGGAAGGUGAAGAUUUCGCCUCUGGUGGGAGCCGCCUUCAGCAGCAACUGGAUCCUCUUUCGGAAGGUGUACGACACCUACGAGGAGUGGACUGGUCACCGCUGGUGGCGCCAGCAGGUCCUAGCGCAGAUCCCGUCGGGCCCACCCCGUCGACGAUCCGUGUUGGAGCUUCAGGAAAUGCACGAUUGUGAGGAUGAUAUUCCGGCACUCAUCAUUCGCGGGGCGUGGAGCAUUCCUGCCGUCAUGUGGCGUGACAUCGUCAAGGCGUACCAACGAGCACAGCUCUGCAGCCCUGACGCGACGUCCAGAGGCGUUCCUCAGCCUCUUCGGAUAAACCCUUUGCCGUCUUGGAGAGACGAGUUCAAGGGCUAUUCCAGGAGGGCAGUUAAGGAGGCAGCCAAGCGCGGUACCUUCAGGAGCCUCAGGGACUUGGUUCAGGAAGGAUUCCCGCUCCAUGAGCACCACAUCCCUGCCCUUCUGGAGAAUAUCGGAGAUCACGAAAAGGACAUUAUCGAGACGAUUCUUGCUACGGUCACUAACGCCAGCAACCCCUUCGCGAUGGGAGCUGGACUGUCGAGGACCCUGAGGACAAGCGAAGUUGACCACCCGAUGCACCAACUGGGCCUCCGCCGUCUCCAAAGCAUCAUCGACGACUUUACCAUGGAGCUCUUGGACAAGCUCCCACGCACGGUCCGAGGCAUGGGAAUGGAGCUAAUCGGCGGCCAUCAGCCGAUCACCUUCGGCGAGGGGUUCCACCAAGGGAAGCAUCACAGGCUCGGCAACCUCGCAGGCUUCAUCGCCGUGCAAUGGUUCCUCGAGCCGCGUGUCCUGCUUGGAGACGUUGCCGUCGAGAACCGGUACAAGGAACCAGACUACAUCGACCCUCUACGCCGGGCCUUGGACCGAGGCUCCAAAGGCCUCUACAAGUACGACGACUUCGAGACAUACAAGCUGUCGGAGAUCCUCUCGACUCCAGUCAAGCCGCCAACUGCAAAUCAGGAAGGCGAACAAUCCCCCGCCCAAAAGGAAGGAUUCAUCUCCAUGACCUUCCUUUUGAGACUCCUCCAGGGUUGGGAUCACAGAGACCCAAAGCGCAGGUGCAAUUUUCCGUCGAGGGUGUUUCGGGCGAAGGGCCAGGAGGCCUCGGGAGCACAGGCUCCUCAAGCACCGGCUCCUCCAGCGCCUGUUCCUCCGGUACAGCCCGUGUCGGCAGCAGCUAACGCUCAGGCACCGGCCAGUCGGCCGGAGCCACCCAACCAGUGGAGAAUUCCACACAGCACAAUGCUUCCCGGGCUGCAGUUCUCGUUGGCGGGCAUCCAAGGAAAGCCAGAAACGUUCUACAAGGUCCCGGUCAUUCGCUUCGCCUUCGAGAUUUUCAGCUAUCUGGUGAUGCUGGUGCUGUUUUGCUUCUCUGUUCUGCUGAAGGAGCACGACUCCAUUCCAUGGGGCGAAGUCACCUUCUACGUCUUCGCCGCGGGCCUCCUGUGGCGGGAAAUACUGGAGUUUCGGGACGGUAUGCCGGCUCGCAGGCACAAGCCUCCGAAGCGGCAGGUUUCGAAGAACGACGGCAGCACGAGGACGGGUUCAGAGCAACCCCUCUCAUUCCCUCGCAUCAGCCGUCUUGGGACUGGAAAUCGGUUCAAUCGGAUGGUGUCAGCGUUUACGAGGUAUGUCUUUUACGACACCUGGAAUUUCUUGGACACGUCGACCAUCGGCUGCAUCCUGGUCGCCUUCAUAUUUCGGAUGAUAGCUCUCGACGACAAGUUCUUCCUCUUCCACGCACAGUUCUUCUACGCCCUCAGCGCACCUCUGCUGUUCUCGAGGCUGCUCGUUCUCUCGCAGAUCGACGCCACUUUAGGACCGAUGACGCAGGUGAUAUGGAGAAUGAUGUCCCACACUCUGCGCUUUUCGGCGUUCAUUGCGAUGGUCAUGCUGAGCUUCGCCCUGGCGUUCCAUGCGGUGUUUCAUACUUGCGGGGAGUACAGCGAGCCUCAGUGCACCCUCGAUGAUGAUGAUGCGUUCCCCCUUCGCGACGCCUUCGGGACGUUCGGAGAUUCGUUCGUGACGGUGUUCACGUAUGCUCUUGGCGGGCCGGACUUUGAGGCCUUCCAGCUGGCUGGCAGCGACUGCAGAUGCGACCUGCCCGAGGGCGCGCGAAAUGCAGGCAUUUUCUUGUUGGUGGUCUACAUGAUCACCAUGACCGUGGUUUUGCUGAACCUUCUCAUCGCCGUGCUCAGCACCACCCACGGUAAAGUGUACGCCAACGCCGAAAAAGAGUUCCACCACGCGCGGGCGCGCUUAAUCUACCAGAGCGCGCGUGUUGUCUCGCGCUCUCGACCCCCGCCACCACUCAACUUGAUUAAGCUCGUCUGCGGCAUUCUGUUGGAUGCUGGGACCGAGGUGUGGAGGGUUGGCGUGUGGGUUACACGCGGACGCUCCCAAGCCAGGAUGCUGAAACCGUUCUCAACAACGCACCAGUGGAAAACCCUUGAAGGUGGUCUGCAGAGGUUGGAGUUCGCCUUCACAUUUGGCGUUGCUGCUGUUGGGUUGUCUACGAUCCUGUGGAUAGUGUCGGUGCCGUGGGUCGCCUGGUGCCUCCAUCGUUUAGUCCAUAAAGCGGAAGAGGAAACGGAAGCGGAAGCAGAAGCGAACGAGCCGGAUGACGACGGUAGCAGCACCAGCGAGCGUGACGAUGGCGACGACCACGACGACGAUGGCGAUGACGUCGACGAUGACAAGGAGAAGCCGCAUCUUGGCUACUUCAGACGAUUCUUGUCGGGAAUCAAAUCUAUGUGCUCUCUGUUGGUCGCGAUGGUAGCAGCCUCCUUUCUGUGCCUUCUGUAUAUUUUCGCAACCAUGAUUUUGUGGGCCGUUGGUAUCUGGAUGGUCGUCACCUGGGUUUACAGCAACUGGGACAAGAAAAAUGGAGACAUGCCCGAACCUAUGCCCGGGCAAGAGGAUGGGCAUCACUGGAAAAGGGCUUGGGAGCUUGCCAGCCUGCGGAAUCAAGGGGCCCGCGCGAAUCGCGGCCAAGCCCACUUCCACAUCGCUCCGCUUUUGAAGAGCAAGACGGGUUUGGACAUGCAGCACUUGGCGCAGCUCACCAAGAACCGGCACGAUGAGUCCAACUCCGAGGCCAAGCUCAUCGAAGUCGACCAAAAGUUACCAUACUUCGCUAUCGACCUAGGACACCUCCAGAAAUUGGCCAAAGAGAAGACCGAAAAGAAACGAACGAGUGACCCAGCCACCACGAUGACAAGGGACAAUCGUGUUGUUGGUGGGGCGCCGACCAGAGGAGAAGGUGGCAGUCCAGGAUACUCCGAUGUGAAGGCGGUUGGUUCUGGCAGCGGGGGAGCCGAAGGCGGUAUCGGCGAUGACGCUUCUAACACUGGUUCAGGUGGCAUCAAAGGUGGCGGUGAUGACGGUGACGGUGGCGCGACCGGGGAAACCCCCUCCUCUACUGCUCCUGCUCCUGCUUCAGCAGCCAAUGCUGCUCCUUCUUCAUGAACGCACGGGAGUGUAACAAGUGGACACGUUCUGUAGCUAUUUUUGACGAGUUUAGUCUGAGCGUUACGCGGGCUAUGGCGUAGACUACACGACUAGUCAAUAUCCAUACUAAUAAUGGCAUGUUCUCGUUCCAGGCAUGUUUUCGUUCCAAACAUGUGCAUGUAACGUGCGAUGUUUCAACUUGGGACUGGUUGUACCAAACCUAUACAACAACCGGCGACAUUGCUUGACCGGUUUUCUUGUUGGUAGUUGACACGACGAACGCUAUGUAUGGUG